CGAGGGCGGGUUGUGGACUGGCGGAGCCCAGACCCUAAGCAAGUGAUUUCUGGGGGAGCCGCGGUCGCCACGGCCGUGGAGCCGCAGACAAGGAAGAAGAUGAGCCUUAAGUCUGAACGUCGAGGAAUUCAUGUGGAUCAAUCGGAGCUCCUAUGCAAGAAAGGAUGUGGUUACUAUGGCAACCCUGCUUGGCAAGGUUUCUGUUCCAAAUGCUGGAGGGAGGAGUACCACAAAGCCAGGCAAAAGCAGAUUCAGGAAGACUGGGAACUGGCAGAGAGACUUCAGCGGGAGGAGGAAGAGGCCUUUGCCAGCAGUCAGAGCAGCCAAGGGGCACAGUCCCUCACAUUUUCCAAGUUUGAAGAAAAAAAAACCAAUGAAAAGACUCGCAAGGUUACCACAGUUAAGAAGUUCUUCAGUGCUUCAUCUAGAGUUGGAUCAAAGAAGGCAGAAAUUCAGGAAGCAAAAGCUCCCAGUCCUUCCAUAAACCGACAAGCCAGCAUUGAAACAGAUAGAGUGUCUAAAGAGUUCAUAGAAUUUCUCAAGACCUUCCACAAGACUGGCCAAGAAAUCUAUAAGCAGACCAAGCUGUUUUUGGAAGCAAUGCAUUACAAAAGGGAAUUAAGCAUUGAGGAACAGUCCGAGUGUACUCAGGAUUUUUACCAGAAUGUGGCUGAAAGAAUGCAGACUCGUGGAAAAGUGCCUCCAGAAAGAGUUGAAAAGAUAAUGGAUCAGAUUGAAAAGUACAGCAUGACUCGCCUCUAUAAAUACGUGUUUUGUCCGGAAACUACUGAUGAUGAGAAGAAAGAUCUUGCUAUUCAGAAGAGGAUCAGAGCCCUGCACUGGGUUACACCUCAGAUGCUUUGUGUCCCUGUUAAUGAAGAAAUUCCAGAAGUGUCUGAUAUGGUGGUGAAAGCAAUUACAGAUAUCAUUGAAAUGGAUUCUAAGCGUGUACCUCGAGAUAAGUUGGCCUGUAUCACUAAGUGCAGCAAGCACAUCUUCAAUGCCAUCAAAAUCACCAAGAAUGAGCCAGCAUCAGCAGACGAUUUCUUACCCACACUCAUCUACAUUGUUUUGAAGGGCAACCCCCCACGCCUUCAGUCCAAUAUCCAGUAUAUUACCCGCUUCUGCAAUCCAAGCCGAUUGAUGACUGGAGAGGAUGGUUACUAUUUCACCAAUCUGUGCUGUGCUGUGGCUUUCAUUGAGAAAUUAGAUGCUCAGUCACUGAAUUUAAGUCAGGAAGAUUUUGAUCGCUAUAUGUCUGGCCAGACUUCUCCCAGGAAGCAAGAAUCUGAGAAUUGGUCUCCUGAUGCCUGCGUAGGUGUUAAGCAAAUGUAUAAGAACUUGGAUCUCCUGUCCCAGUUGAAUGAGAGACAGGAAAGAAUCAUGAGUGAAGCCAAAAAACUUGAAAAAGAUCUGAUAGAUUGGACUGAUGGAAUUGCAAAAGAGGUUCAAGACAUUGUUGAGAAAUACCCACUUGAAAUUAAGCCCCCAAAUCAGUCUUUAGCAGCUAUUGACUCUGAAAAUGUUGAAAACGAUAAACUUCCUCCACCAUUGCAACCUCAAGUUUAUGCAGGAUGAUAAAAACUUACAUACAUAGUAUUUAUUUGAACCUGAAUUGUGGCUAGUCCGUACUACAGCCCACUGAUUGGGAUCUAGACUAUAACUUAAUUGCUUAUAAAUGUCAGAGCAUUUUUAAAGGUACAGUUUGUGGGGACUGUUUUGUUUGUUUUUCCUGGCAAGGGAAGUUUAGUGAUUAAUAAAAUACUAUUUAUUUGAGUUAAUGAAAUAGAUUCAUUUAAGGUAUAUGUGAAGAUUUUGUCUAAAUCUAUUUUUUCUCCAUGGUUUUCCAUGUGCUUCCUCUGUGGCACUCACUUUAAUUGGGUUUGGGUCAAUAAUAAUUACGUGUUAAAGGAUUAAAACAAGUGAAUGCUACAAAGUCUAUGUUUAAGGGAAUUCAAUGGUACCACUAUUCUACAGUUUGAAAUAAUUUUAUAAAUUGUAAAGAUAGAAGAUAUAUUGAUAAGUAAAUAUGUAAUAUUGUAAAUAUGUAAAAAAAAAAGGUGUCUGCUGUGCAUGGCAUUUAAUGUGUUAAUUUUUUAGUUUGGAAUGAAGUAUAUUGACUGUUUGCCAUUAACACCGUUUUAUUUGUUUUGCCCCGCUAAAAUGAAUCUAGAAGUGUUGUUUCAAUCGUUAACAAAAUGUUAUUGCUAACUUUGAGAUCCUGUCUAGUCAGACUGUGACACCACUGAGGUUCAAAGUAACUAUUAGGUCACAUAAAGAUGCAGUUCAUUAUAGUCAACUGAAAGCUCUGAAUCAUGCCUCAUGUUACCUCUCUCCUUCAUUCAUUCAGCAAAUAUUUAGAGAGCUUGUUGAUGGAAGGAACAGACCAAGGUCUGGGUCAAAAGAGAAAGGAACAGGACUGUUGGUGAGAGCUGAUGCGAAUCCCUCAGGGAUAGAGAGCAGGGUGUCUUUCUGCCUCUGUAGCAUACUUUGGCUGUAUAGAUACUCAAAUUCAUAUUGUUGCAACCUCAGUACUGUUGACACUUAGGGCCUGAGGAAUAUUGUGGCAGGGGUGCUUUGUACUUUGUAGGCUACUCAGCAGCACCCCUACCCUUGGUACCCGCUGGCAACUAUCAGAAACCACCACUACCCCACCCUGCCACGAUUGUGAAAGACAUCACCUCCAGACAUUGCCACAUGUCUCUUAGGGGCAAAAUCACCCCCACUUCAGAACCACUACUGACCUAUUUCAUAAGCAAGGGAGUUACCCUCCUGGUGGUUAAUAUGAUGCAAACCAAAGAAUAUUGCAUUAAAAGCACAGUAUAAUGUUAACUGGUAUUCUUUCACUGAGGCUGUAAAGCCACCAGCAAUGUGGAAACUUUUCUAAUCUUCACAGAACCUUUCAUAACCUAAAUACUCCUUCCUCUCAGUAAUUCGUACAGAUUAUCAAUAUACUUGUGAAAUUGUAAUUCCCAGGACCACAUUCUUGAACAAAUUCACACAACACUAGCAGUUAGAAAAGAUUUGCCUGUUUUCCCAGUUAUCUUCCUAUACUACAGAUUUAUACUGCAGAUUUGUAGUACAGUGAUUUUUCAGUAAAACUAGGGUGAGUAUAAUACUUUUCAUCCUUUACUCAAUUUACAUAUAAAAGCCAUCAAGUUAACACAUCUAUUGUCAUAAAGCAAUGAAGACAUGCAGCAGUUCAUGGAAUCAGUUGGCCACCAAUGUCACGUGGAAUGUAAUAAGGUACUAUCAAAUGUCUUAGAACCUGCUCUUGGAAACCUGGACCAGGUAAUUUUAGUAGAAACCUUACCCAUUUUAUUUUCUAUGUACUUUCUAGGUGCUAAUCCAGUUACUCUUAAUUCUCCUGGGAAUAUACAAUUCUUUUAGUCAUUGUUCAUUAUGUUUGUUAAAUAAAAUGUGCAGAUCAGCCUCCCACAAGAGCUGCCCUCUUGAUUCUUUGUUUAAAGUAAGUUAUUGAACUGAUUAUAUAUAUAUGUACAAACAUAUACAUAUAUAUCAUAUUGGUCAAAUUCUUCAGAUAUGGAUUCUUGCCUUAAUUAGAGGCUAGUAUUACUCUUACAUCAACUUCAGUACUAUGGCCAGAAUUUCUGUUUUCUCAACAAGACAAUGUUGAUAUUUAUGUUCUAUAAAAAGGAUUGGAGUAAACCUUUGGAAUUAAAGUCCUUAUCAAUAAAGUUUCACAACCCUUCCCUUUUCUAAUAGAUUAUUGGUUCUUCAUUUUAGGGAAAUAUAUAUUAUUAAUAUCCAUACACUACACAAUUUUCCUUUUUCAACCAUAGUCAUAUUCAGACAUGAAAAAUUAGAUAUUGCAGUUAAAAUUAACAAGAGAAGAAUGUUUGCUAUCACUAUAGUUAGAAUUGGUCUGAAAGUUUUAUCCAUCUUUCCUCUUCAAAUAGAAAUAAAUAAAGGCAAGGGCUGGAAGAGUUAAUCUAAGCAAUACAAAGCCAGUAGAUAGUCUGGUGGUUGAGUAAUGAACACUGGAGCGAGAAGGCUUGAAUUGGUUUGGAAUUUUGACUCACAUAUUUGCUCUUCAGGCAGGGGCAUGACUCAUGUUUGACUACCUCAUCUGUGUACGAGCCAUAAUAGUACUCCCUUCAGGACUAAAUGACUUAGAACAGUCCCUGACAAUGGUAAGUGCCCAAGUGUCAGCUGUUACUUGGAGGUGAUUCUUCUAUAUGGAAAACAAGGAAUUGAUUACUGAGACUGAGUUAGUUCACCAAAAUGGUGACAUGAAAUGCUAAAAUUGACCAUAUAAAGUUACUUCCGAAUGCCACACCUAGCUGAUUCACAAUAGCAACAAAGAUAAGUCACCUGGAAACAAGGACUUUUGAAAUUCACAUGAAAAACAUUUUAUAAGACUGAACACUUUCACAAUAAAGUAGGAAUAGAAAUCUCCACAACAUAAUAAAAGGCUAAAAUCAUACUCAGUGGUGAAAGACUGAAACAUCCUGAGAUCAGGAACAAGACACAGGAUGCCCACUUUCACCAAUAAGAUAUUCAUGUACUUAAAAUUUUAAGUAGUUUCAAAUUUAAAAAUUUUCAAGCAUUUAAGAUGCACAGAGAAUAAGAACAAUUCACCAUUUAGACUUACAAAUGGUUGAGAUGAAGCUUUCUACUUCAUUAAGAAAUUAAAAGAAAUACAAAUAACAAUAACUUCUCUAGUCAAAUUGGCAAAGAUGAUACAACAUUUUAAGACUGAAUGUCCAGAGAAAUACACCUCACUGAUUGAAGCACAAAUUUUAAUAUUUCAGGGAGCAAAUCAGUAUAUGUCAAGAACCUUAUAAGUCUCUUCACUUUGUGGCAGAGUAAUCCUAUUUCUAGAAAGCUAGGCUAAGAAGUAAUUGUAAACAAAAAUGUAUAUAUAAAAAACAGCAACUACAGAGGUGACAAUUUUCAUUGUUUAAAUUGUAGAGGGGUGUGUUAAAGGAAUAAUUAGGAGAAAACUAGUUCCAAAUUUUAUUUAUUUAUUUUAGGUUCUUGAAAGUGCAACUUUUUUUGGACCA